CCCUAAACCUCUGAGGAAUUGUUGAAGACGAUUGAUUAUCUCUGUGGAUGCAUGGCUGAAGUGAAUACUCUGGUGGUGAGAAAACCCUGCUUUGGCCUCCCAACCGGUUGCCCUCAAUGCCUCUCUGCUUACAUCUAUCUCAAGUUCGCUCAAAUUCCCUUCCACUUGGACUUCCACCUAAACCACCCUCAUUCUGAUCAAAUUCCUUACUUCGAGGUUGGUGACUAUGUGGCAUAUAGUAACGAGAAGGAUAGCAUCAUUGAGUGCUUGAAGAAAGAUAUUGGCGUAGUUGAUUUAGACAGUGGGGUUUCUACACUUCCUGAUUGGAUAUCAACCAAAGCAAUGCUCACAACUUGGCUUGCAGAUGCACUUGACUAUGAACUCUGGGUGGGAUGUGAAGGUUCCUCUGCUUAUAGUAUCUAUUAUUCUGAUCUUCCGUGGCCCAUACGGAAGGUUCUGUUUUGGAAGAAAGCUCAUUGGGUAAAGCAGAAACAUGGGAUAACUAAUGACAAUGCUGUUGUAAAAAAAGAAGAGAUUUAUGGGAGAGCAAACUCUGCAUAUGAUUCGCUGUCAAAUUGGCUAGGUGAACAGAACUACUUAUUUGAAAACAGGCCAUCAAGCUUGGAUGCUAUUUUUCUUGCACAUGGACUAGUUGUUCUUCAAGCUUUACCUGAAUCUUCAAUGCUGCGGACCAAGUUUUUGGAACAUGCUAAUUUAGUUAGAUAUGUUCAACAAUGUAAGACAGAACUUAUAGAAGCUGGUACAUCUCCUUCCUCUGGCCCACAAUUUCAUACAGAUACAUCAUCAUCGACUUCCAGAAGUCAUUCAACAUCAAGUAAGAUAUUUUUAGGAUUUAGUUCAAAGCCUAAGAGCAAACCAAAAAGGGAGAAAACAAAGGAGGAGAAAACCUUUAAAAAGAGGGCCAAAUAUUUUGUGGUAGCACAGAUGGUUGCUGUUGUUGUUUUCCUCACCCUUAUGACUACAUUUGAUGAUGCUGAAUUGGAGGUAGAUGAUGGUGAUGGAGGUUAUGAUUAUGACGUAUGAAAAUUGAAAAGUCUGGAAAAUUACCAUCCAUUCCAAAUUAUUAAUUACAUGAUCCAUUUUUGUAAACAGAUUUGUUAUUGUAAUUUAGUUAUACUAGUGCUCUACUGUUUUGUAGGGAAUAAACCAUGACUCGAGUGAACUUUGGGAGGUAGUUUUUACUAUCUUGACCAUAUUGAUGCAAAAGAUUUUUGGGAAAUAGUUGUCUUAUGCAACAUAAGACAACUAUCUUAUAUUGUACACACAUGGAAUCUUGUGCCCAUUUUUUCUUUUUCUUUUUCUUAAAAUUGUGGGUACACAACUUUGUUUUACCCACACAAGAUACCUAUCUUAU